GACGGGAAAACUUUGCGCCAUAUUUGUUACUUGCAAAGAAAUUCAUAAGUGAUUGAACUAUUUAAAAAGAAAAAAGGAAACUUUUAAAUGAAAAAUGAACAUUGACAGUACCUAAAACAAAUACAGGAAUAAUUAGAGAAGCCAUAAUAAGUCAGUUUGUUCAAUACUAAAACAGAUAAUAGACUUUUUAAACAAUAUUUUGAAGUAAACAAUUCGCGGUUUAUGUCUCUUUCGGCUCCAUGUGUUGAUAUGCCAAAUCAUUUGAAUUAGAUAGCGAUAAACCGAGUCCCAGAUGUGAGACCGCCAUCUCCUUGUAGAAUUAGCAUUAGGAAGAGAAAUAUCUGUGUACAUGAUAAUUUGGAUUUGGAGAAUUUCAGAAAUUGAGAAAAUAGAAUCCGGUCAAGGUCAACGUUCGACAACUCUGUAAAACGUUUUUGGCAUGUCAUUUUUGAAAGUUGAUGAUUCUUGAUCAGCCGAUGACAAGAUUUUUUAAUUUGUAAAAUUAGCAGAUUAAAGAUGCUCUAGUCUUUAGUUUUCCAGUUGUCUGCAGCUGUUAAAUUUCACCAGAAACUUUCUAAUGUAAGGUUUAUACAUUGGCUACAAUGACAAGCUGAUUUCAAAACUCUGGCAACUUUGCAGUUGCUGUUUCAUUUCUCUUCAUUUCCAUGAUAGACUCAAUGUGAAAUUUUUCCUUGACAAAUUGGUGUUGUUGUUUUAUAUUGUAAAGUGCCUUAAUCUGUGGAGUGCAGUACAAACAACAGGAGUUAGUAAAGAAUUUUCAGCUGUUACUGGGUUUAAGAAAAGAAGGAACAUUCUUUAAAACCCUGGUAAUGUUCAUGAUGAUGAUCUUGUGAUGGCCACAAACAACGCUCCUAAGCACGAUUUUGCACCGGCUUGGCUAAAGAUUCCAUCACAAGAAGCUCCUAAGCAAUCCGGAUCCAAGCCUUUUGAUAGUGACAAGAGCAACAGCAGACCAAGAUCUCACAAAGAUGAUUCUUUCUUUAAUAAGCGACACCCUUUAACAGGUGGCAAAUACAGACAUCAUUCAGUGGAAGACGAUUACUACAGUGGAUAUCCUCCGUAUGGUCCAUAUGGUUACUACAAUGGCUAUGGCAUGCCCUACAACUCUCAGCCUUCUAUUUAUAGAUCACCUAGUCGUGAGGGGAAGUACCCUCCAAACAUGAGAUUUAAUCAGUUAAAUGGUGCCCCUUACCCUCCAGGAUAUUAUGACCUCUACUCUUUUGAUUACUAUCAUGGUGACCAUUCUUACUACGCCAAUUACCCUAACAGCAGAGUCAAUAACAAACGUGGAAAUUAUGAAAGAGAUGGAAGGACCAACUCCAAAGAAAAAGAUGACAAAUCAAAAGGAAAGGAUGAUGACAAAGACAAACCUCCAUUUCAAGAUGAAUUCCCGUCACUCAAUGGGGAAGAAAAAUCUGAGACAUCUACGAAUGGCAAGCUUACAAAUGGCAGUAGUGUUUGGGAGCACCCUCCUCAUGGAAAAGGAUCUUCAAGUAAACUAUCAGACAACCGUCAGGCUGCCAACAUUUAUAAAACACUUGUGCCAAAUAAACAGAGUGCUAUAAACAGAAAACCAGGAAAGGAAGGUCUUAGAUUGAAUGGUGGCUUACAGAAGGAACCAUUUAGCUCAGUCAAAACCAAUUCUAAAGAGGCUCCUACUUCACCAAUAGAAAUUCUUAACACUAGAUUUGUUACCCAACCUCGUAACCUUGGUAACAAAAAGAGCGAAUUUUUGAGAGCAUUGAGAAAAGAAAAUAGUGGAUCUGACAGACAAGAAUCAAGUCAGACUAAAGAUGGAUGGCCAAUCAAGAAUGAUCAUACAGACCAAUUAACCAAUGGAGUAGAAAGACUUGCCAUGGAUGAUUCUUCUAACAUGCUAUCCAGUUCUUUAGAGGCUGAACAGAGGCUUCUAAAAGAAAUGGGAUGGAAUGAAACAGAUCAAGAGGAUUAUGAAAUAACAGAAGCUGACAAGAAAAUGUUUCAGGAUCUCUAUUCAAAACAGCAAAACCGAAAUACACGUGUGAAUAAAACAUUCAGCCCCAAGCAUAUUCCAGUAUACCAGCCAAAUGCUCAGGACUUAAAUGACACUCUGUCAUCAUCAGAUUCUGAUUCUGAUGGACAGUAGUGGCAGUUUUUUGCAGCAAAUUAAACAGUGCUUGACAAUUUUGUGAUUUUUUCCUGGGAGAAUUCUCCUAUUAUUGGCAGAGUUACUUCCCAUUGACAAGUUUUCCUGUGAGGAGAAACUUUCAUUAAUUUGUGUGAGAAAUGGACUCCGCUGUUUCAACUGCCGGUGCACAGGAUGCACAAAUGCAAUCAUAGGACUUUAUUUACUAGUCCAACUCUUUUUUAUCAUCUGAUCAUUUAGCUACAGAAAGGAAACACAGAGAAAGUGUUAAAUAUUUCUUUAGGAAAUCAAACCUAUUUUUAUAGAUUUUUGUGAAAUGUUUUGUAGAUAUGACAAUGAGCAUGAAUAAAUGAUUUGAGUUAGUUAAUGAAAUACAUAGAUUGAUAUUUUAAUUUUCCUUUUUCUGAAUAAUUUUGUUUAAUAAGGUGGACAAGAAGUUUAAAACAAAUCAAGACUACAAGAUUUACAUGUUUUGUUUGUAUGAUGGAAUAUUUUGUUGAUUUGAUAUAAGCAGCAUUUAGUGAUCAGUUGAGUUUUUUCAUGUUGAAUUAUAGUUGGCAUUUAAAUUUGUCUUUGCUUGAACUGUAUAUUUAUGUGCCGGUAUGAUUAUUUAAAUGUAAUUUAAGCUUAACAGGCACUUUUGGUUUAUGUUCUGGUUGAUGAAGCUAACUUCAUUUGUAGCUGAUUUGUAAUAUAAUUUGUGUUUUGUAUAAACUAUCCUUUCUGUUCUAAGUAAGGCCAAAAUGGGGAAAAAAAUUGUUUAGUGUUUCUCUAUCUACCUUAUUAUUAUAUGCUUAAAAAUGCCUUCCCCUAAAUAUUGUCAGUCUUGACAAAAUUACAGGUCUCCCAAUAUCCUCCAAAUAAUUAAAUUGAGAAAAAUUAAAUAAGUAAUCUGACUACCUACCCUGAUUUUCUGGAGGAGGAAACCCUAAACACACACGUUUUUUGAUUGGCCUAAGUGUUUUAUAAGAAUUAUUGACACACCACAUAAGAAACUAUUGCACAUUCUACUAUGUAUUCUUCAAUUAUUAAAUAAAAAGGUACUUAAACUAAACAAAAUAUAGUGACAACACAAUAACUCAUCUUUCCUUCCCCUUCACUGAUAAAUAUUAUAUCAUCUCAUGUGACACAAAGCAGUAUUAAAUGAAUGAUUAUUUAUUUGGACUCCAAUCACUUAUGUAUUUAUUUGCCUUGAUAGCUUGCUUUAACAAACUGACCAAUAACUCAUCAACUAAAUGUAUAAUGAUUAAAUGUGAAAUGUGUAUAUUUAAGAAGUGCUUUAAGAAUGAAAAUGUGAUUCUUUUCUUUGAAUCAAAAGUCUCAUAUCGUUUGUGAUGGUGUAUAGGUAUACAUAUUUUAAUGAUUGGGAAAUUUUUUUUAUUUUGUAUUUUAAUUUCCUCUACCAGUAUACGAAAUGCAUCUUUAAAUUAGAUAUUGAUAUUGUUGAAACCAAACCCAAAUGAAAUAAACCUACAAGAUGCUUGAAAAUAAUAUUAUUGCUUUUCCUUUUUCUUUUGGAGUGUGAUGUUCUUCAUAAGAUUAAUAUAAUGUAGCCAAUACUUUUUUCUUCAACAACGAUUUUGUGACGAAAUAAUGGCUUUUAAAGUAAAUGAUUUGACAGAUAUAUAUGAACCCUCAAAGAGAUAGUAAAUAUUUCUUAAAUCAAGUUUUUCUUUUUAAAAAAACAAUCAGGGUAGUUUAUUGGAAUGCAGGUGGAGGUAAAGAAAAGGGUUUUUUCUUCAGAUUGUGUGGGAAAAAGUGAGAUGUGUUGUAUAAUCUGUAAAAAAUACAACAUGCCCAGUUGUGUAUUGUUGUCUAGCUUACGAAUGGAAUAGCUUAAUUUGAAAAUAACAUUUAAAAACAGUAUUAAGAAAAUUGAAAUGUAAUUUCAGGGUCAGUUAUUUUUGCUAAACAAAGCUUUUCUUUAUUUGUUACCACAAUAUACAGAUCAUACAAAAGGGCAUCUUGUUAAUUUUCCUCUCCCACUUACCUCCCUUUUGUAAGGUUAUGCAUUGAAUUGUAUCAAUAUUAUUUCAGCAGUUUUUGAUAAUUUGAUGACAAAAAGUAAAUACAAUUUUGCAAUCUUAAUUAUCCUUUACACUUUUAUACGUAUAAUUUGUUUUCUUCAGUUAUUUUCAAAAAAGAAACACAUUGAAUUUUGGGUUAUAAAAUUAAAAUAUAAAAUCUGAGUCAGAAUUUUUGAUAUGAACAAUUAAGUGAAUUUACGACUACCAAUUGAAGUGAAUUUGCCACAAGAGAUACAUUGGAUAUGUCAUGGAGAAAUAUUUUAGAUAAAAACCUGGUGUUGUGUCCUAUUAACAAAAAAUUUAAAACUUACAACCAAAUGAUUAAAUAUGGCUAUUGUAACCCAUAUUCACACAUGGGAACAAUUUCUAUACAAGCCACUACAAGUUUCUUAGGCUUCAGUUGAAGAAGCUGUCAUUUGGGUCAUAUUGGUAACAUCCACUUUAUUUGAACUUUGGUGGAUAGUUGUCUCAUUGGCAAUCAUACCACAUCUCCUUAUUUUUAUAUAUAUCUGUAUUGAUAAUGGUAGGAGUGAUGUACCAUAUUUAGUAUCUUCUUGUUCACAACAAGUGAAUACUUGUAUAAUUUAGAUUGUUUAUAUGUAGAAAAUUUUAAUACAAUCAAAUGGCUUUUAUUUUUAUAAUUACAAAUUAACAUUUUAUAUUUGAUGGCCAUGAUGCAGAAGAGUUUGAAACAUGUUUAAUUCAUGAUUCAAUGAAUACAUCAGAUAAAAAUAGAUUCGUUUGUCAAUUUGGUAUAUAAAUAGAUAUAAGGAUUUAGAAUAACAUGAUAAAUUUAUAACGAAGUAAUCUUUUUAGGUUAAUUGAUCAAUACUGUUGUAAAAUAUUCUUCUGACAUUGUACCUCAUAAUGAGGAUUUCCUGUCUGCUUUAUUCUGUUAGUUUGGUUUUUUUUUUACUUUUCUGACUAUCAUGAAAUAGUCUGUUUCUCUAUUUUAUUUUCCUACAGUAGUGAUUUUUUUCUUCUUCUUAUGACUAAAGGGAGACAACUAUCACUAUAAAGUAACCUGGUUAUUGAAAGACCACAAACUUGUGGUUCUCAUAAAUGGUUGAGUAAAAUUAUGUUGGCCAUAAAAAGAAAAUUAUGUUAUCAUAAUGGCAUUGUGGAACAAGUAGGAACUACAUGUAUGGUGGGGCAUUAAAUCAGAAUUUCUAGGUCUACAAUAUAAGGAAGAAAAUAGAGAUUUGAAGGCCAUUAUUUUUUUAAAUAAAUUUAUUAUGAAUAAAUCCAUGAAGGCUAUAAAGUUAACAUGUCUUCCUUUGUAUGGUUGGUCCUUAUUAUUUUACUGCCUCAAUAUUUCACAAUAGCAAUUUAGUUUCUUUAAAAGUGCACUAGUUAGAUCUUAAUAAACAUUACAUGGUCUUAAUAACAAAAUACAUGUAUACUUGCAAAAUAAAGACAAAAAAAGGAGAAUAGCAAAGUCAAAUAUAAGCUGAAAAGAAUUUAGUCUUAAAAAAGAAUAAAUUGCACAGUCAUUUAGUUAAUAAGACAUAUCAUUCCAGAGUAUGAAGAUUUUUUUUAUCAUUCAUGGAAUCUUUGUACACAUAUAAAUUACAUCUAUUGUUUCGUCCCAUAAAAUCACUGGUCCAAAUUGGAUUUUAUUUCAAGUUUUUUAUUUGUCAGGAAGAAGAAAUUUGAUUGAAGUGCUCAAAGUCUUUUUUAUACAUUUAGUUUAUGUGACAGAAUUUGUAUAGCACAUAGAUUGUAAUAACACUUGUCCGUUUUGCUACCAUUCCAAAAUACCUCUCAACACUUCACUUCUUUUGUGCAAUCAAAAUCUGUCAGUAUUAGGUCAGUUUAUUAUCUUGCCUUUGUGCCUUAAUUGACAGAGAUAUUUUAUUUUGGUUUAGAUAAGAAGCACAUGUUUCACGAAGUAAAGUACUUACUAAUCAUUCUGGUGCAGAUAGGAGUAGUUUUUAAUAUACAGAGUUACUGUCUCCUAUUAGAAAAUAAUUUCCUUAGUCUUUUUUUUCCUUGUUUUACAAACGAGGUUAUUGUUAUAUUGUUUGUCAUUUAUAUAAGUUUAAAUUUGUAUGAAGUGUAUCAUUAAUCAGGACAAUUUAAAUUCAUAGAUGUUUUUACACAAUUUGCAUGGAAAUUGUAUAUGGUUGCUAGUUGAUUCUCUUUGUUACCAGGCAACAAAAAUUAAUUGUUUGGACAAGGGUAAAUAUUUACUCAUGUUUAUCAUAAUUGUCUUUGCUUCACCAAUAUGACGAAGCUGCAGCUGUUCACAAGAAAUAAAAAAAAGAUGCAUUUUGAGUUAUGCAUAUAUUUAA